AUGGAUCUGCGCGCACCUGCCCGUCCGGGCACGACGAUCCCGUGCCCUUCUUUAAUGCCCUGCGGCCAGCAGAGCCGCCGCACUUACUAUAUAAUCCAUGGGGCAUGGUGUACGUACGCACCAUCCUCGUCGUCAGCCACGGCUGCCCCGGGUGACACUGCGCUGUGGGUGGCCGUGUGGCGUGUACAGUGUCACCACACCCAUGGCUGGACGAACAAGUUGCACUGCGGUGGCAAUAUGUUUAGGCCGGCCCAACCCACUGAAAUGGCCCCUGCUUUUGAUUUGCUUUCUCCGGGCUCUCCUCUUGUCUAG